AGUAGUGAAAGGACAUGGUUUUUAGAAGGCAAAAUUAAACAGCGCAAUGAAAUAAUAAAUGUUUUGUUAUUUAAAGUGAAAUGUGUUGAGGAGUGUGAGUGUGUUUGACGCUGUAAAUGUGUGUAUUGGUAAAAGAAAAAUUUGCAAGGAAAAUUUUGAUAAAAACGAAAAGAAAAAUGUUGAAAAUUGUUUAAUUGUAAUGGUAAAAUAAUAAAUAAAUAAGAUUUCUUUAAUUUAAAACAAAUGAAGCAAGUGAAAAAGUUUUUUUAAAGAAAAAUUUCCAUUGUUUUUAAUAAUAGGGAGUAAAGGGAAAAAAGGUGUCAACAAUUUUUUUCCCAACAUUUUGCCUUUUAAUCAACAUUGAAAGUAUGAGCACGAGUUUUAAAGGAAUUCUAUUUUUUUUUUGGUGAACAAAAGCAUUCGUUAAGUUUUCUUCGUUAAAAUAAAAUUCCGCUCUCUUUGUAAAGACAAAAACAAAACUAAGAAAAGGGUGGUGGAGAAAAUGUGCCACUGACCGUACCCACAGUAAUUGUGGCUUGUCUGUGCUACGACUCCUGCUGUUUGUUGUUAUUAUUGUGCUGCAUUAGUCCUUUGUUUAUCCUUUAAAAGCUAGUGAGAGUGAGCAAAAAAACAAAAAGAAAAACAAACAAGUAAAAUAAAUAUAAAAAAAUGUUACAAGUAGCAACAAACUUUAAACAAAUUAGUUUAGCCUAAUUGUAACAAAACAAAUUGUUGUCUACUAAAAAUAAAAAUACAAGUUCCUUAACUAAAACAAAACAACAGAAUUUUCCUUAAAAAUGGAUUCGGUAUUUGUUUAUGAAACGGAACAUCCUGAAAUACACAAAAUGGAUUGGCAAUUUUUCAUAAAGGGCUUCCUGGAAGAUCAUCCUUGCACCAAUACACCACCCGAUACAAUGUAUGCACUGUUAUGGUCAAUGUGUGCGGUAUUUGGUAUUGUUUUUGUGCUUCUGGGUUAUCGCUGUUUAAGGGCUGUGGGCUUUUUAACUGGAGCCUUUAUUGGAAUUAAAGCGGUGUCAAUGCUACGCAUUAACGUUACCGGUUAUUUGGGUGAACCGGCCGAUGCCUGCUCUUCUUUGGUGGGUGGUUUAAUAGGUGCUGUUUUGGGUUCCACAUAUCCGGUGGCCACAUUUUUUAUAAGUGCUUUUGCCGGCGUCAUAAUAGCCGGGGCAGCUAUGGCGGUUUGUGUUGCCACUAUGCCGGAUAAUGAAUUUGGUCAAGCUGAAAUCACUGUGGCCUUAAUUGGUGGCGCCAUCAUAUGCUCCGUGCUCACCUUGUGUAGUGCUAAAUAUGUUACCAUAUUAACUACCAGUGUUGUGGGUUCAGCCAUGAUUAUCUGUUCAAUUGAUUUCUUUUUACAUGGACUUAUGCUGACUAAAUGGAUUUUCAACAUGAAACCCCAUCCAAAUCCACCUGCCUGCUAUGGUGGUAUACUGAUAUUUGCCUGGCCGGUUAGUAUUUUAAUCGGUUUAAUGAUACAAAGUUUCAUCACUGCCUGGGGUAUCGAUCAUCGUAAGAGAGUGUUUCAAAAACGUCACCAACAGCUGCAGCGUAUGCAGUCGCGACCUCGUGAAACACGCGAGGAAGCCAGACAACGUAAAUUUCGUUACCUUUAUCAAGUACGCACAGCUAGGGGAGAUAUUAUAUCACAGAAUUUUGUUUCAGCUUUACAAAAACGUAUCCAAUUAAGUGGCACCGAAACACCCUCAGAACGUCUCGCUCUCAAAACUAGUUCCAACGAACGUAAUACCUUUCGCAGUGAUCGCACACAUUGCACCACCAUACCACCCGAUUCGGAUAUUGAUAAAAUUGAAAUUGUACGUGAUAUAGCAUAACACUCGGUGUAUAAUGAUAUGUAAA